GGGCCAUUUUGUAAUCAGAACGAAUCAGAGAUAAACGAUAAGCCUCCACGCAAAUUCUCUGCUUCGAGCUCUACAGAAAACUCUCGUAGGGCUUUCACCCAACCACACAAACUCAGUACUUCUUCGUCCUCGCCGCUGGCUGCCAUGGCGUUUGCCAAAGAGAUAGUGGGUACUCCUCUCAUCUCCGAGAGAUCGUCCUUCUCUUCCUCGCCCGUGUCGUAUUUCUCCGUCAAGAAGAGCCAAGCCCGGUUCUUGAUCAAUCCUUUCGACCGGAGACCCGGAUUCGGUUUUCCGGCGAGGAAAUCUUGCGGCGGAGUUGUGGCGGCGAUCAGCGAGGAUCUGGUCAAAACGCUGCGUACCACCAACGGCGGCGAGAGAGGUGACCGGAGCGAGGAGGAGGCGGUGAAGUUCAAGGUGAGAGCGGUUGUGACUGUGAGGAACAAGAACAAGGAGGAUUUCAAAGAGACUUUGGUUAAGCAUUUGGAUUGCUUGACUGAUCGGAUCGGUCGGAACGUCGUCUUGGAGCUCAUUAGCAACGACGUCGAUCCAAAAACGAACGAGGCGAGGAAGAGCAGAGAAGCUGUACUGAAGGACUGGUCGAGGAAAUCGAACACGAAGGCGGAGAGGGUCCAUUACACGGCGGAGUUCACGGUGGACGCCGCCUUCGGAACGCCGGGAGCAAUCACCGUCACGAACAAACACCAGAAGGAGUUCUUCCUCGAGAGCAUCGCCAUUGAAGGAUUUGCUUCCGGCCCCAUCCACUUCCCCUGCAACUCUUGGGUCCAAUCCCAGAGCGACCACCCUCAAAAACGUAUCUUCUUCUCCAAUCAGCCUUGUCUGCCGAGAGAUACCCCCAAAGGGAUAAGAGCAUUGAGGGAGAAAGAGCUCAAGAGCUUAAGAGGUGAUGGCAAAGGAGAGAGGAAAUUAUCCGACAGAAUCUAUGACUAUGAUGUCUACAACGAUCUCGGAAACCCCGACAAAGGAGUCGAACUCGCCCGUCCCACGCUCGGCGGCGAAGAAAUUCCAUACCCUAGACGAUGCCGAACAGGCCGUUCCCCAACAGACACCGAUAUGAAGGCGGAGAGCCGAGUGGAGAAGCCGUUGCCGAUGUACGUGCCCCGGGACGAGCAGUUCGAGGAGUCGAAACAGGAUACGUUCGCGGCCGGGAGGCUGAAAGCCGUGCUCCACAACCUCAUCCCGUCGCUCAAGGCUAGCAUUUUGGCGGAAGAUUUCGCCAACUUCUCCGAAAUAGACAGCCUGUACAAAGAAGGGUUGCUUCUCAAAUUAGGGUUUCAAGACGAGAUCUUGAAGAAGCUGCCUUUCCCUAAGGUCGUGAACAAGCUCCAGGAGUCGAGCCAAGGCCUUCUGAGAUACGACACUCCAAAAAUCGUAUCGAAGGACAAAUUCGCGUGGCUAAGGGACGACGAGUUCGCCCGUCAAGCCAUAGCCGGAAUCAACCCGGUUAACAUAGAACGAGUCAAGACGUUUCCACCGGUCAGCGAUCUUGACCCUGAAAUCUACGGUCCACAACAGUCCGCUCUCACCGAAGAUCACAUCAUCGGCCAUAUCGACGGCAUGUCCGUACAACAAGCCGUAGAAGAUAACAGAUUGUACAUGCUGGACUACCACGACAUCUACUUACCGUUUCUCGAUCGGAUCAACGCUCUGGACGGGAGGAAAGCAUACGCCACACGGACCAUUCUGUUCCUUACGCGUCUCGGCACGUUGAAACCUAUAGCCAUUGAGCUUAGCCUCCCUCCCCACGGUCCCAGCCACCGUCACAAACGAGUCCUUACGCCUCCAGUGGACGCAACCUCGAACUGGACGUGGCAGCUGGCCAAGGCCCACGUCUGCUCGAACGAUGCCGGAGUCCACCAGCUCGUGAACCACUGGCUGCGCACUCAUGCGUGUCUGGAGCCGUUCAUAUUGGCCGCGCAUAGGCAGUUGAGUGCGAUGCAUCCCAUGUUUAAAUUGCUGGACCCGCACAUGAGGUAUACUAUGGAGAUCAAUGGUUUGGCUCGUCAGACUCUGAUCAGUGCGGACGGCGUGAUCGAGUCUUGCUUCACUCCCGGUCCGUGCUGUAUGGAGAUGAGCGCCGCGGCUUAUAAGAGCCGUUGGCGGUUCGACAUGGAAGGCCUACCCGCUGAUCUCAUCCGAAGGGGAAUUGCUGUUCCCGACCCGACACAGCCACAUGGGCUUAAGUUACUAAUCGAGGACUACCCGUACGCCAACGAUGGGCUUCUAAUGUGGUCGGCGAUCCAAAACUGGGUCCGAACAUACGUGGACCGUUACUACCCAGACCCGAGCUUAAUUCGUACCGACCACGAGCUCCAAUCUUGGUACGCCGAGUCGAUCAAUGUCGGACACGCCGAUCUCGCCGGUGCCGAGUGGUGGCCGGAACUCUCCACCUUGAUGCGGCGGCUGAUUCCCGACGAGUCAGACCCCGAGUUCGCGAGUUUCCUGUCCGACCCGCACAAGUACUUCCUGUCGGCGAUGCCGAGUCUUCUCCAGUCGACGAAGUUCAUGGCGGUGGUGGAUACUCUGUCGACGCACUCGCCGGACGAGGAGUACAUCGGCGAUCGACACCAGCCGUCGAUCUGGACCGGCGACGGCGAGAUGGUGGAUGCGUUCUAUGGGUUCGCGGCGGAGAUCGGACGGAUAGAAAAAGAGAUCGAGAAGAGGAACUGUGAUCCUAGCCGUCGAAAUCGGUGUGGGGCCGGAGUUUUGCCUUACGAGUUGCUCGCCCCGAGUUCUGAACCCGGUGUGACGUGUCGAGGCGUGCCAAAUAGCGUCUCCAUUUAAAAUAAAUAAAUAUUAUUUUGUAAUUGUAUGUAGGUGUAAUAUCUUUGCGUGCACUAAUAGUUUUGUGAUUUAGAGUGCGAAACUAUGUGCAUGUGUUUGGUA